CCGUGUAGUAGUGGUUCAAUCCUGGCCACACAGGACUUAAACACACUCUUUGUAAUGUCAAUAUCACGUAAUCAUGUGUAAAUUUAAUUUAUAAAAUUAUUUUUAUCUUUUAUUUAAUCUGUACAAUUUAUAUCAAUUAUCAAUUUAUUAUUUUAUCUAUUAAUCAAAUGUUAACCAGGACAAAUAUAUUUUAAGUGAUUAUCAAACGGAAUUAAUAAGUGAUAAGGAUUAUUGUUAAUACAGUGAUUUACAUCAAUGUGACGUUAAUAAUAUAUAUAUGUAUAUAUACAUAAUAAUUUUGACUUGUAGAAAUGUUUUUAUUGAUAAGUCUAAUCCACUAGUGUCGGAGUUGUCAGCUAAAUUUUAAAUAAAUUUAAGAGAUGCGACGGUAUUAUAUCGUGGUGACAAAAGUGCAAAGUUGUGCUUGGAUUUAAAAAUUUAUUUGAGGAAUUAUUAUUUUAAGCGAUAUAAUUUAUGACAAAUAAAUAUUUUGAAACAAUUGGAGCUUCUUGAGUGACAGUUUAACCACGUGGUCUAAAGACAUAAAAGUGACAUCUGUUACCAAACAAAAAUGAUAUGGCAAUUUAAGAAAUGCGGGUAAACAUGUUAAUUUUUUUUGUACACUCACCUGAGUUUUAGUUGUCCGUCGGAUCUGAACACUUGUUAACACACUAUUCACAUAUGGAUCAAUGUAUAUUUAUAUUUAUUAUUUAUUUCAGGGUAUGAAUAUAUAAUAUAAAAUAAAAUUUAUAAUAGUGAAUUUUUAAAACUAAAACUACUUAGUGUAUAAAUAGACGCAAAUGUUUUAAAAUUAUAAUAAAUUUAUUGACUUUGAGUGUUGUAACGUUGGAUUAUUGAUAAAUGCUUGUGAAAAAUAUUUAUCGGGAAUAAUUAGUCCCGAUUAAAUAAGAUAAGACAAAAGGAACCAAGAUUGUCACGUUGGUGCCUAAUAUGGUCCUGGAACCAGGAGGUGGUCUGUCAUUUCCACCGCCUCCUGGUGGUGGGACAACAGCUAACGGUGCAUCACUACUAGCACCAGCAGCAAGGUUAUUUCAAAGAGCAACUCCUGUUUUUCCUUUUCAUCUUGCUGGUUGGCCACCACAUCAUUCGGUACUUGGAAAUGUACAAAGUCAAGUACAGCAGACGAUGCAGGCACAACAUCAAGCUGCCGCUGCUGCUGUUAGAUUUCUUAGUCAUCAUCAUCCCCAUCAUUCUCAUCCAGCAUUAAAUAGUCAUUCACUUGUACCUGGGAUAAAUCCUCAUCAUCCUGGUGCCCAUCAUCUUCAUCACUCUAGUGAUCAUCCGGAUGACGAUGACGAUAAAAAAGGAUGUGAUGCUGAGUCUGAUGAGGGUGGAAGUAAGAGAAGAAGAAGUCGGACGAAUUUCAAUAGUUGGCAACUUGAAGAACUUGAACAUGCAUUCUUGGCGAGCCAUUAUCCAGACGUUUUUAUGCGCGAAGCGUUGGCUGUUAGACUGGACUUAAAAGAAAGCCGAGUAGCUGUAUGGUUUCAAAAUCGUAGAGCUAAAUGGAGAAAAAAAGAGCACACAAAAAAAGGACCAGGUAGACCAGCGCAUAAUGCACACCCGCAGAGCUGUAGUGGUGAACCAAUUCCACCGGAAGAGUUGAGAAGAAAAGAACGUGAAAGGCGGCAAAAGAAACUCUUAAAGACUCUUGAACGUCAGCAACGAAAACUUGCAGCCAAGGGUAUCACGGUGGACUUGUCGACGUUACGAGCUGAGUGGGAAUCACGGAGCGCGGCGAACGCCAGCGGAAAUCCACUGAGUGGACAUUUAAGUGGUUCAUUUGGUCAUUUGGGCAGUUUAAAUGACGGUAGCAGUGUAUCAGGAUCGGGUAACGACGCUAACGAAGAGAUUGACGUUGUUGGUGGAUUAGAUUCAUGCAGCGACACUGAGAGUGAGCGGAUGGAUUCAGCAGCUGAUGGCUCGAUUGAUGGUGAAAGUUAUCCGAGGCUUAGUGACCAGAACGAGCCAUCAUUAAUGAGAAUAACAACGGCAACAACACAUUUAUUAAAUGAACAUCAGCGUUCUAAUGGAGCACUUAAUCUCAAUCUAGACUUAAAUCAUCAGCAGGGUAUUCGUCACUGGGGUUUAAGUCUUCUAGAACGACGGAGAGAAUUGGGUAAUUUAAGUACCAAUGGUGGUCGUCGUUCGACAGACAGUCCACGUGGUUGUUUAAGUUUAACUCGAGGGCAGGUAGUUGACGCUAAUAAUGACGAUGAAGUUCAAAGUGGUAGUAUUGACUUGUCAGUUAAACGACGUAGAUUGAAUCCCUUUUCAAUAGACAGUUUAUUAGGCAAUAAUAAUGAUAAUAAUAAUACACGAACAAGUACAUCACUCAGGUGCGAACAAAAUCGUUCAUCAACAUCUUCUUCAACUUUGUCAAAUGGCAGACAGUCAACCUCACCAACUUCACCUUCUGUGUCUGUAACAACUUCACCCUCAACGACGUAGUCCCGCCGUCUUGUAAUAAAUUUUAAAUUAUGUAAACAAACAAGUGAUCAACGACAAAGAUUGGAGACUGAAUAAUUAUUAUUAUUAGUUAUAACUUUUUUUUUACCUUACUAGUUGGUGAUUUAUAUGAAAAUAUAAUGAUUUAAUUUAAAUAUCAUCAAAUUGACAUAUCUAAAGAGUAAAUUUAAAAGUAAACAGGUGGAUUUAGAAACCAUUGAGUCUAUUAUUACUUUUCAUAUAAAUCAUUCUGGGUAAUUAUGCGGUUUUACGGCUCCACACAAUUCGAAGUUUUGAAAUAUUAAUAGCCAUAAUAUCGGAAUAAAUAAACUAGAUCUGUUUAGUUUGACGGCGGAUUGAUGAAAAUUAGGUUGAUGUCAAAAUUACAAAUAACGGCUAAAACAUGUAUUUUUACCGACUGCAAAAAAAGGGCCAAUUAAUCGUCAUUUUUGUCAAAUUCACUUAGUAAAUAAUUUUCAAUAAUAAUAUAAUUUAUUUUUUGCCGUAAAAUGGCCAGUGGAGUGGAGAAAUAAUUUAUCUAAAGUUUACUAAAUAAAUUUUAAGCUUUGAAUAAGUUUUAAUUGACAUAGUUCAGUUAUUUUGGUCACUGUACAACUCCAUAGCAUGUAAGUAGAUGCAGCAGGAUACGCUACUAUCCGUCUCAAGUUAUUACCGGGCUAAUGCAUUGAAGAUCACAACAGUGUUUUGGCUCCGCUCGUACUUGUAUAGGGAUGGUCCAAAGCAGAGUACGUUAACAUCAGCCAUACUGAUAAGACCGUUGGCGUACUCGGGACGAAACUAUCAAUUUUCAUGAUAGUUAUGGCACUUUAAAAAUUUUUCUUACUUUCAGUAAUUGAUUUACAAAUCAAUUCACUCUGAAUUAAUGUUCUAUGUCACAUUGUGCAUAUCGACAAAUAAAAACUUUGAGAUCGAGCAAGUAUUAAAUCAAAUUUGGAUGAAAGUAUAAAGAAUAUCUAUAAAUUCUGAUUAAUAACAUUUUUAAAUAAAAGAAUUGCAAGUUUUAUAAAAAAAAAAAAGAAAAAGCAACGAUUUUGGUAUAAAAUCCGCCGGGACUAGCCAAUAAAAUUUGUUUUACAGCGAUACGUAUAAAAUUAAAUAAUUGCUAGUUAAAAAUCGGUUGAGCCACACUUGUGCAUAAUUGCAAAAAAUUAACAUCGUUAUGAUUGCAAUUUGUGGUAUGAAAUAUUUAAAAUUUUAUUCUACAUAUUGCUGUUAUGACUUUAUGGCAGUACAAACGUAAAAUUUUAUUUUUAUCAAAUAAUGAAUUAAUUUAAAUGGCUAUAAAUAUUUUUCUUACUUUUAGUAGUUGACUUACAGAUCAAUUUUUCCAGAAUUAAUGUUCUAUGUCACAUUCUGCGUAUUGGCAAAUGAAAAUUUUGAGAUUGAACAAGUAUUAAGUAAAAUUCGGUCGAAAAUAUAAAAAAUACGUAUAAAUUAAUGUUUCCAUAUCAUUUUUAAAUACAGGAAACGCAGCUUUUGUGAAGAAAAAAAAUUUUUAUAUUAAAUCUGUCGGUACGUACUCGCUGAUAAAAUUUAUUCAAUACGAUACGUAUGAAAUUGGAUAAUUGCUGGUUAAAAAUAAGUGGAGCCGCACGUUUGCAUAAUUGCCUCAUUUUGUCAACUAGUUAUAGUUUUAUCGACAUGUAAGUGUGCAAUAAUAGAGAAAGAAUGAAUGAGUCAAGAGUUUAUUAAUUUAAAAUAAAUUUAUGAAUUAUAAGAUUUAAAUCUUUCAAGUAUAAUUAAAUAUAUAUAAUAAUAAUUAUAUAUUAAUGAUAAUAUUAAUGAUAAUGAAAGUAAGAGGAAAAAAAAUAACA